CAUUACGCAUUUUUAAGUUUGUUAAUUUCGCAACUAAAACAAGGUUUAAAAUAAAAUUAAAGAAUGAAAAAACUAACUGAAAUGAUUCCUCCGCUAUAUUAACCAAUUAAAUUAUUCCAUACGACGACUCUUCCAGAGAAAUCUUGAUGUUUCCAACACCACUCCAAAAAAGUCCAAUAUCAACUUUCCGAAUCACUUCACUAACUUUCCUCUACCAUUUUUGUUAGCACGGUCCACUGGUAAAAAACUGUGUUAAAUUACAGACCCGAACCUCGUCCAUUGAUUCUCGGAGGCCUUUUUAUGUAAAAAUCACGCCCGGGGCAAAAAAACGAUGCGCAAUGAUUAAAUCAAGAAAUCAUUGGGCAUAAUAUUAUCAUUACGCACAAAGCAAAGUUAGAGAGACUACUAGAAAUCUUGUUUAACGUCUUUAGUUAAGAACUUUAUGCCUUGUUAUAAUUGCCAGGAAGGGGUAAACAUUCCUUAUAUGGUAUUUUGUGAAGGUCUUUGGCGCCAAUUGGUCAAUAAUUCCUUAACAAGACAAGAUUCUAGUAACAAACUCUUUUGCAGAUCAAUUCGUACUGGGAGAAGGUAGAAUUUUGUUUUGCUAUGUUUGUUUUUAAUUUCUAAACACUUGUUUUACCAUAUUCUUGGAUGAGAGACCACAGUGAGUAUUUUUGGGAAUGUAUACUGUGUUUUAUCGUGUUUAUAGUUUGUCUAGACGGCUUAACAAUGAAAACAAAAAAACGUGUAUCAAAGAGUGGUCGAAGAAAAAAGCAGGGUAGCAGAAAAGUUGCGAAGAAAGUUGUGGACGCGUGGACAGAAGAGCAACUCCAGGAAGCGCUUCAAGAGUUCGAUUCUAUGCCGAAUGCAUCAGUCAGAGGCAUAGCAAAACGUCAUGGUAUCAACGAAUCUACGCUGCGAUUUCGUUUAAAAAAACGCAAGGAAGGAGCCAAAUUAGGAAAGUCUGGUCGGAAAUGUGUUUUCGAUGCAGAAACGGAGGCCCGGCUAGCUAAGUGCAUUGGUGUUGUAUGUAACCUUGGUUUUAGUCCUACGUUGGAUGAAAUUUUGGAUCUUGUUGCCGAAUACAUCAAAGUCACAGGGACGAUUUCACUUCAGUUUAAAAAUGGAAGGCCUGGUUUAGUGUGGAUAAAGAGCUUUAUGAAAAGAAACGGACUGAGUCACAAGAAGGCUGAGAUGAUUAGUACUGCCCGUAAAGCAAACACAUCCAAUCCAUUUAUAAUUUUUGAUUUCUACGAUCAAUUGGAACAGAUCUUCGAGAAAUACCCUAAUCUGGAUGCACAACGGAUCUGGAACUGUGACGAAAGUUCUUUCCCAACUGAUCCAUCAAAAGGGAAAGUUGUCUCCGUGAAGGGACAGCGUGCCCUUAAAUUACGGUAUGGCGCUGGGAGAGAAAACAUCACUGUACUCGGUGUUUGUAAUGCAGCUGGAGUGGCACUUGACCCUCUUAUUAUAUUCACUGGAAAAAAUAUGCAAAGUACGUGGUACGGGGACAAGGCUCUACCCAACACGUUUUACGCCAAGUCUGAAAACGGUUGGAUGGACACGGAAGUUUUUUCCACGUGGUUCGCCAAAUUCACUGAGGACGUAACAGAAAGACCAUUGUUACUGGUGUUUGAUGGGCACCUUACCCAUAUCAGCAUAUCUGUCAUUAAAAAAGCAUUGGAAGACGAUAUAAUUAUAAUGAAAUUCCCUCCACAUGUUACGGAUGUCAUGCAACCCCUAGAUGUUGCAUGUUUUGGACCCUUAAAACGUGCUUGGGAGAAGCGCCUCCAUUUACGCGUGACAACACAUGGUGCUAAAAGCCAAUUGACAAAGUCUGAGUUUGUCAAUGAACUCUGUUCCAUUUGGAAAGAUGGCAUGAAAAAAGAAAGCGUUAUCAAUGGGUUUAGGAGUACUGGAAUAUGGCCAAUUGACAGAACCAUGUAUCCAAAGGAACGCUUGGACCCAAGAUUGUUAGCGAAAUAUUAUACGUGGAAACAAAGUGGUAAAGCUCUUGAUUGGUCUAAAUUGUCAGACGGACAAAUCGAUGAAGCUGCGGGUCUUGCGCAAAAUCAAGUCUCGACAUCAUUACCACUGCCCGAAUUGCAAAACCAAGCAGAAUCUCCUUUAUCAAUAUCUUAUACCACACCUACAACCACCCCUAAUGUAAAUAUAACUCCAUCAUCUCUGCCAGGCGGAAGUCGUGAUGAAACUAAUGAGAUGAAUAUCUUGUUAAAGCGGCUUGGACCAUAUCCAUAUACAGCACCUACAGGCUUCUGCUGGAUUCCAAAUGGUUGGAAGUUGUCACCAAUUAACCAGUCCACCCCAAAAUCGACUGAGGUAUUUGAAGAGCUGUUCCUCGAUAAAGUAAAAGGUUCAGUAGAUCAGCCUAAGAAAAGAAGACAAAAGUUAGAUCUUCGCGGAAAGGUUAUUACGCAGAAAGAGCUGCUAGAAGAGCUUGAACGAAAAGCCCGAGAGAGAGAAGAAAGGGAAGCAAAGGCGUUGCUAAGAAAAGAAGAUAGAGAAAGGAAGAAACAACAAAUUGCAAUUGCGAGCAAAAAGGGAAAGCAGAAAAUUACAAUAAACAAGGAAGACGACAGCGAUACCGAUGAGAUUACCUCGAGCGAAGAAGAUGAAGAAGAGGAAGAAGAGGAAGGAGAAAGAGAGGAAAGCGAAGAGGACGUUGUCCAGGAUGAAUCAACAGAUACACUGUUGUCAAUGGAAAAAACGUGGAAGUUUUUAAAUUCGCCAACAAAAGAAUGCGAUGUGGUUGGUAAAUGGUACGCAUGCAUUUACGACACCAAGAGAGGUCCUAGUUUGUACAUAGGAAAAGCCCUCACGCGAUUUUUGUAUGAUGAAAACGGUGUUGCUGCAGGAUUAGAAAUAGAAUGUCUGCAAAAAAAGUUGGGGACAGCUGACAACAUCCUUCGAGAAAUAAAAAAAACCAGCGAGUUCGGAACAGCUGUAGGGGAAGAUAUCGACACCUUCGCUGUCCAAAAUGUUAUCUGUGGGCCGUUAACUGCAACUUUUUUGGGUGGUGACAAAUGGGAGUUCCCACAGUAUCCUCAAGUUCGGGAAUUAUUCGAAAGGAUAAAAAAGAAGAACAGAGACGCAAUGCAUGUUUCGGAAAGAUGCAAAUGGGAGAGUAAUUUAAAUGAAAUGUAGUUGUUGUAUAACUGCCGGUAUUUUCCCUGUUUAAAAUAAAAGCCGAAGUUUCAAGGUCAUUUUCGCCACACUACACGUUGUAUUGUUUCAAUUCCCUGUUAUAUUUUAUUAGUUAUUUCCAUUGCACCUCUUUGAAAUUAUUGACGGUUGUAGUUCUAAUAUUCAAAAAGAUAAAAAAGGCACAAAUAGACUAAUCCAGACUACACCGCUACGUAAAUAGCGUGCGUAACCAUUAGAUCUUAGGUGCGUAACAAACUAUUUUAUUAAUUGCGCAGGGUGUUAUAAUCAUUACGCACCUGCGUAAAAAAUAUAAAAAAAUGCGUAAUGAUUAGAGUUUUUUCGAUCUAAUCAUUACGCAUUGUUUUAUGUGAAAAAGUGCAUGAUAGCGCUUCCAUAUGGUCCUCAUAUUUGGUGAAUAUGUUACAAGAAACUAAU